CUCGCGCCGGAGCGGUGGCGGAAGUGACGUCACGAGGCCGGUGCGCUGUCUGGAACGUGGCUAGUUCCUGUUGCAAUGGGUGCAGUGUGAUGGUGGUGUGGGCAUUUCAGGCUCUCCUCUGCCGGUUACCCAGAGUUCUACAUCCUGCACAGUUUCACCUUGCAGCUUUGAGAAUGGGCAAGAACCACGUGCCGGAAAGGUGAGUGAGCAGAGCUGGGAGGGUCCAGCUGGGAGGGGGGUAUUUGUAUUACUGGCAUUGUGGGGUAGAUUUCAAUAAUACAAAGGCAGGCUGACCGAGUAUCUGGUGAGGUUGGAGAGCAAGAGCACAUGUAGGGUGAAUGAGCCACCGUGGGCAGCCAAUCAUGGCCCAAAAGUGAGGGCUGUCUGUACUGCUUGAAGCUGCCCUCUAUCUGAAUGACAUUAUCAUGCUCAUUUAAAAUGCUUAACUCUUUCAUUAGCCACCAUGUGGAAAUUAAUUUAAUAUUCUGACCAGGUGCUAGUCCUCACCUGGAGAAUAAAUACAGCUUCCCAAAGGGAGUCUAGGGAAUCGCUCUGUGUUGUGGUAAUAUAAAAUAAUGUUCUCCCUCACUCAAUUGGAUUAGUAGUCCUGGGUCUUUGAUGGCCCACAAGCUACGUAGAAACGGUGGAUGUUUACAGUUGGCAAAACCUCAUUUGCCUUUCAUUGUUACUUCAGAGUCAUAGUGGGCAAAGAUUGAUUGUGUGCCCUGUGUUAUUCUGAUGCUGUAAUAUGUGUGUACACAGCUACCUACUAUUUCUGCAUACAUACAAUUGCCUCCAUGAAAACAAAACUUAUAUCAGACCUGAUUUUUUUUUUUUUUUUUAAAUGUAUUUAUUUUUGUUAGAUACAUAAUCCUUGCUAUUAUUAUUUUCUUUAUUUACUUGGGUAUUCGCUAGUGGUCAGGGUAGGAUUUGACCAAUUAUCAAUAAAUGUUAAAGGCAAUAUCUAAUCUAAGUUUUCCCAAACAGGCAAGACUGAAAUAAUAUUCGAUAGAACCUUUUUUUAAAAAGGCCUUGCAAGAGAGCCUUGAGUUAUAUAGUGUCAAACUACUAGAGUAUUGCAGUUUGCAAUUAUACCUUUUUAACUAACAUACACUCUGGUAUUUUGUCUACUGGACUAUCUUAAUCCCCAAAAAUUAUUUAUAUAUAUAUAUAUAUAUAUAUAUAUAUAUAUAUAUAUAUAUAUAUAUAUAUAUCUCUAUCACACUGUUUUGCCAUUAUUAAAACGGCUGUGAAAAAAAGGUACAUAUAUUAUUAACCCCUUAGGACAGCGGGCGUGCUAUGCUGUCCUUGGGGUCCCGACUCGUAAAUCAAAAUGCGGGCUGGCGGCAUAGCACGUCCCCGUUAUCCUAGGGACUUACCUGCUCACCAGCGACUGCAAUGGGGGGACUUGCCUGUCAUCUCAUGCAGUCCCCCUGCUGCUGAUCUGGUCAAUUAGGUAAUUUUAUUAUUACAAUUUGUGGUACCUGUGUGAUAACUCAGGCAGAAAGUCCAGGUAAUUUAAUUUGCUAGCACUAUAUAUAACCCUCUAACUUCCAAGACACUGUAAAACCUGUACAUGGGGGGUACUGUUUUACUCGGGAUACUUUGCUGGACACAAAUAUUAGUGUUUCAAAACAGUAAAAUGUAUUAAAACGAUAUCAUUGGUGAAAGUGACAUUUUUUGCAUUUGUCACACAUAAAUGGCACUUACACUGACAAUCUAAUUGUUGUGAUAUGUUUUACUGUUUUUAAACCGUAAUAUUUGUGUUCGGCGAAGUCUCCCGAGUAUAACAUUACCCCUCAUGUACAGGUUUUAUGGUGUUUUCAAAAGUUAGUUAAAUAUAAGGCUUGCGUUUCAGUUUUUUCACUUUGAAAUUCGCCAGAUUGGUUACGUUGCCUUUGAGACCGUAUGCCCAGUAAUGAUAAUUACCCCCAUGAUGGGAUACCAUUUGCAAUAGUAGACAACCCAAGGUAUUGACAAAAUACCAAAAAGGCAAUCUACAACACAAAAAUAAUAGAGACGGACAUAGGACAAUAACGUUGUGCAAUGUGAGUUAUAAAGGUAAAUAAUCACACUCACAAACCCAAUUUGACUGAAGGCAUAUCAUGAGUAACGAUGCAUUAACUUCAGAACUUGUGGAACAUCAAUAGUGUGCAUAGGAGGAAGAAAUAUAAUAGUGCAGAGUAUCUCAAUAAAAAUGACACAGUUUAUUACAAGAUACACUUACAAAACAGAAGUAUCAAAUGGGCACGUUAAACUCUGCUGGAACUACAUCCCGGUCACAGGAUCAAAACAGCAGGAAAGCCAAAUACAAUAUACUUGAAUACAUAAAAAUUUAAAACAAAUACUCUGUACAUAAAAAAGCCCUACGUGUUUCGUUCAGAAAAGAACUUCCUCCGGGUAAUAAAUUGUGUCAUUUUUAUUGAGAUACUCAAUGCCUUUUUGGUAUUUUGUCAAUAUUGUUUUGAGGACAUAAGAGGAGUCCUUUUCAUCUUCAACACUAUUAAGGGUAAUUUUUGUGUGUUUUUUCACUUAUUACCCACUAAGUGUGUGUUCUACCUGCACACAGGUGUAUUUGUAUUUAUUGCAACCCAAGGUAUUGCAAAUGGGGUAUGUCCAGACUCUUUUAGAUGCUAAUUGGUCACAAACACUGGCCAAAAUUGGCGUUCAAAUACGUUUUUUUGCAUUUUUCACACACACAAAUAUUAAUGCUAACUUUGGCCAAUGUUUGUGACCAAGUGCCUACUAAACAAGACUGGACAUAACACAUUUGCAAUACCUUGGGUUAUCUACUAUUGCAGAUGGUAUGCUAUCAUGGGGGUAAUUCUCAUUCCUGGGUUACCAUACGGUCUCAAAGGCAACAUAACCAAUCUGGGAAAUUUCAAUGUGAAAAAUGUAACAUGCUGUAUUUGACCCUGUAAUUUCCCAAAACAGCAUAAAACCUGUACAUAGGGUGUACUGUUAUACACGUGAGAUAUUGCUGAAUACAAGUGUCUUUUAUUGCAGUAAAAGCAAACAGUAUUAUGACACUCACCGUUAAAAUGUCACGUAGAACUAAAAAAAAUAAAAAAAAUUUUUUUUUAAAUAUUCAUAUUAAAUUUGUUUCAUAUCUAAAUAUUUGAUGUUAAAUGAAAGCCUUGUUUCCCCUGAAUAAAAUAAGUGUGGGUGCACUUAAUAUGGAAGAGGUGAAUUACGGUUGAACAGACAUAUAGUCAGAUUCCAGGUUUUAUUUUGACCGCGACGUGUACAUUUGGCUCAGUCCUUAAGGGGUUAAUGCCGUUUAUGUUCUGUUGAACUGUUCGUAGAAUGCAUUUUACUGGAAACUAUACUUAUCACUGGCUGUAAACCAGUAUGUGAAAUUAAGAUUGCGCUAUAACAGCGUUCAGUCAAAUGUUGAUCAGUAAACACUCUAUAAUGCCAAAGUUGCCUAAUACUGCUCAUGUGACAUUUGCAAGAAAUAUAUAAAACCGGAAGGAAAGUAUUGUAGUGUGCACAUAUACUUGCAGACAAGGUAACAUUUUAAAUUUUUGUAGAUGGACUGAUUAUAUUCCAGUUGGCAAACGUAUCCCAGGAACACGGUUUGUUGCUUUUAAAGUUCCUUUAAAAAAGGUGAGUAAUAUUAUAUUGUUUUCCCCUGUAGAAAAUAAUUCUCUUGAUGGAUUUUGUGUUUAUUUUGUAUACGCUUGCUUAUUUCUAGCAUGUCUUUGGGUUUUUCCCCGUAGCUCUAUGAGAACAAACUUUCAUCAAAGCAACAGUUUUCCACAUCAGACCUUAUUGAAGAAAUUAAAAGACAGAACGAGGAACUUGGACUAAUCGUGGAUUUGACAUGUACGACAAGGUACUACAGGCCAGAGGUAUGUUGUGAGCCAUUUGACAAUUUACAAGCACAUUCUUGACUUUAAUCGGCUUUGUAACACUGCAGAUGUCAGUGUAAUUUAUUUUAUGUACAUAUAUUUGCAGGAGUUGCCCAAAUCACUCCGUUACACAAAACUGUUUACAGCUGGCCAUGAAGUACCAAGUGAUGAUGUUAUUUAUCAGUUCAAAUGUAUUGUGGAUAAGUUUCUAAGUGAGAACUCUGAAAAUGGUAAGUUGGAUACUGCGGGUUGAGACAUUGUCUGUAGCAGGAAAUUUGACUCCCACCUUUUUGCUAGACCCCUGUUUUUGAUGAUUGGGGGGAGGGUGGUUUAGUUUUCGUAGUUUCUGUACAACCUUGAAACUGGUAUGAUACUAACAGCAUAGUUUCCAUAGUUUUUUGUUUUGGUUUUUCUGUUGUGUUUUUUGACCAUUUAAAUUUCACUUUAUAGAAAUUCCACCAGUGAUUUCCUUUUUUAAUCUGGUGACCCUCAAACAUUGUUUACAAUCUAUACCCAUUCCCUGAUAGUUCCCAUUUAAAGGAUCACUAUAGUGUCAGGAAAACAUAGUGGUUUUCCUGACACUAUAGUGCCCUGAGGGUGCCCCUCCCUCCUUCAGCAGCUUACCUUAAUCCAGCGCUCCCUCUGCGCUGGUAACGUCUCCUCCCCUGCCGAAGACAGCUCCCGCAUCCAACGUCAAUGCUUCCUAUGGACGCUCUGCGCGAUCGAGGCAAACUGUGACUCUAGUGGCUGUCCAGAAGACAGCCUCAAGAGGCUGGAUUAACCCCAAAUGUAAAAAUAGCAGUUUCUCUGAAACUGCUUUGUUUGCAUCUGAAUGGUUAAAACCCGAGGGACCUGGCACCCAGACCACUUUAUUGAGCUGAACUUUUAAGAUCAUUUAGAACAAUCAUCACAAACCUGGGCCCACCAUAUGCGAUCCCUGUUUUAGAAGGCAAUAUAUCUAAAUUUUUUUUUUUUUUUUUUUAAUGGAAAUUUUUCACGUCUAAAAGAGUUUUGUUUUUAUCUUUAUCUUUGCUCAUACAGACAAACUUAUUGGUGUUCAUUGCACACAUGGAUUGAAUCGGACUGGCUACUUGGUGUGUAGGUGAGUUUAAAGACCGUUAAUUCAAAGUAAUGUAAAGAUUUCAUUAAAAGGCUUUGUAACCACUGAGCGCUGUGCUGGUUACGAUGCCAGAAAUUCACUGGCGUGGUUCCACUGUUAAGAGUCAAGUUGGUUUUUGUAUAGUUUGACACUUACUUAGGUCCUACCAGACCCCUGCAGUUCAGCUUCUUUUGAGAUUGCUUAAAGCAGAAGUUCCGCUUCCUCUUUAUCAAUAUGAAUUUUGUCCAUCUUUGGCAGCCUCAAGGUGUUUGUUUAUUUUUGUAUAAUAAACUUUGCAAACCUGGAUUUGGGUAGAAUCUAGAGAUCGACCGAUAUCGGUUUUACCGAUUAUUAUCGGCCGAUAUUCUGUAUUUUCAGCACUAUCGUUAUCGGCCAAUAAAGAUACAGAUAUUGCCGAUAAUGCAUACCAGGCCCGCCGUGCCCAUUACAAGCCUGGCGGUCCUGGGGGGGCCCGCAGCAAGCUCUUACUUACCUUCCUAGCAGCUCCCCAGUGCGAAUCUCACGAGACCCGUGGCCGCAGAGCGUUGCCACGGGUUACCAUCUUACCGGUCUUGUGUUAAACUGCAACAUUAAAAAAAGUGAAUAAAUAAGGGGCCUGAAUGCACUGCUUCUUUUAAAGCAAUAUUUUACUAUUUCUUAUCUGUUGUCCAUUUUUAAGGCUGGCAUACCUUCCAACAUUGGCCUCCCAUAUGCAGAGCACUCUUUGAUGUUUUUUGGAAAUGAGUUAAAUUCCUUGAAAGCGCUUUGCUCAGAGUGAGUGAGUGAUCCAAUUAAGCACUUGGGUACAUUUCUCUUGAGUCCUCAUAUGCGGAACACCAGAGAACAAGCCUGGACAAAAGCUUGAAUUAGGACAGACUUGUUUUAUCUAGGAAUGUUGGGCAGUCCAGCCUGGAAGAAUUUAUAGACUAUGAUAAACAUAGGACCGAAUAGUGAAAUUAUGCUAAUCUUGGUUACAUUGUUUUAUAGAUAUCUUAUUGAUGUGUUGGGAAUGGUGCCUGCUGAUGCAAUAGAAAGUAAGUGAUUUUUGUGAUUUUAUUUGACUCCUUGAUUUGAUACCAAUUUCAUUUUGAAUAGCAACUGUGACAAAAUGCAGGACUCUAGAGCAUUCCUUCAGGUUUUUGCACAAAACUGAUUGACAAGGAAAUUGCAUAUUUAAAUAUUAACUCUCCUUAAUUCUUGCUAUAGUAAUUUUACCAGAAUGAGUGACUUUGCUUUGUUCGAUUACAUGAAAUAAUUUUUAGUAACCUGUAUCUUUGUCACGUAAUUCUACUCUCUAUGUCUGUAUACGUAUCACAUAACUGACCAGACCAGCAAAAAUCAGCCUUGUUGCUUUUUAAAACAUGUAAAGUAACUGAUUUCCAGAACAUACACAUCCAUGAGAAAGACACCACCAUAAGGAAACACAACCAUUAAAGGGACACUAUAAGCAUCAGAACAACUUUAGCGUAAUGCAGUGUUGUUAAUGUUUAGAUCAGGCUUCCCCAAACUCCGGCUCUCCAGAUGUUGCUGAACUACAACUCCCAUGAUUCUUAUCCAAUUUAUUUCAUUCAGAGAAUCAUGGGAGUUGUAGCUCAACAACAUCUGGAGGGCCAGAGUUUGGGGAAGCCUGGUUUACACCAUGUCUCUGUAGUCUCACUGCCCAGUUCUGCCACUUAGGGGUUAAAUCUCUUUUUUGUUUCUUAAGCACACCUCCCCUGACUGACAGGCUGCAUGAAAAAGAGAUUGUAUCAUUUUUCAAUCAGAUGUUAACUUGCUUUAGAUGUAUUUAUCUCAUACUCUGAUUGAACUUUAAUCACACACAGGAGACUCUAGCAGGCUUUUAAAUGGACCCUAUAGGGACUACAGCUUAAUGUAAUUGUUCUGGUAAGUAUAAUCUUUCCCUGCAGAUAUUUUCAUGUAAACAAAGAAAAGGCAGUGUUUACAUUGCUCCUCAGGGACUGCAGGGGGAUGAUCUAUACACCAAAACUACUUGCUACCACGGACAGCCUUGGUUCUCCUUUCCUGUAAUGCUUUGCACUAUUUAUUCAAAGUUGAUAUAGGCUUAUUCCCAUUGUGUUUCUAAUCAUUUGGUUGUGUACUUUUUACAGAAUGGUUCUAUUUUUUGUUAUUCAUCCCCAAGCUUAUUUGAUGCUUUUAUUAAAAUUAUCUGCUAAUUUGUAACCCAUUUAUUUAUUUUAUUUUUCAUUCUAUUUUUGUAGAAUUUAACAGAAGCCGCGGUCAUUGCAUGGAACGCAAAAAUUACCUUGACGACCUGAUGUAUGGGAAAAUGAGAAGGUACGUAAAUAGCAUUUGGUUGCUGUCCGCUAGGCAUCUGGUAAAAUCCGCACAACAAACUAGUUAAUUUCCCACUGAAGUCAGUGUUUUGUUAUUUGAGAUUGCCUUCCUACAGAGGCAAUUGUGGGAAACUAAGUAGUUUUGCAUACAUCUGGUAAUGUGGAAUUUAUAUUGCCCGACACCUGGGACAUGCACUUCCAGGCAAGCUGUUUUUCUAUUAUUUUUUUUUUAUUUUUUUAGCACUGCCGCAGACAAGCGGCAAUGCUGCUAAGGGAUUAAUGCGGUGGAAGGACUGGAGACCGUAGCUUUGAGCCAGCUAGGGGCCGUAGUAGAUCAGCUGCUCCUUACAAUGCACAGAGCUUAUGGCCGCCGGGAUACAGAAUGACAUCAUAUCCCGGUGUCUGGCACUGCAUGGAGGAAAGGAGGGGACAAGCUGACAACAGACUGCUACAUGAAGGCUGCUGGUAAUGUGAAAGAUAGAAUGGGGCUGUACAAUAUGUGGGUCAGGUGUAGUUUGUGUGUAAAUGGGUCAGUGUUUGGGAUCAACCUUUUUAAUAACUGAUACCGAUAAUCUGAACUUUCAGGCAGAUAGUUUACCGAUAUUCUGUACAUUUACUGUAUAUUUUAUUUUUGCUCUUUAUUUAUUUUAUUUUUUUUAAAUAAAGUGGUAAAUGCACAAAAUAUACAUGCCAGUCAGAUAAUUUUUUUUUUUUUUUUCAAAAAUAUAUAUAUACAUAAGUAUUAGUGUGUGUGUGUGUGUGUGUGUGUGUAAAUAUGUGCGGUUGUCCCAUUAUCUGUCUCUUGGUGCCCCCCCAUUCCCCUUAAUAUUCCUCUCCCUUCUCUUUUAGUGGUUCCUCCCUAACCCAGUGUUCCUUUUUCCUUCCCUCCCCUGUACGUUAGUGUCCUCCCUUAAUGUUCCUCUUUCACCCCCAUCCCAUAGUGGUCUUCACAACUCUUCCCCCCCCCUCCUGUCCCAUAGUUUCCAUCCCUUAGUGCUCCUCUCUCUCUCCCCUCCUUUGUCCCCGGUGUGUCUCUACUGGUAGCGUGGCCGAUCGGAGCAGUGUGCACCGCGGUACAGGAACUUCAGUUUCCUGUACCCGGCCGGACUGACAGGAAGUGCUCUCUCAGUGAGCAUUUCCUUUCAUAUUAUAUAUGCAGGAGGGAGCACUGUGCUCCCUAAGGCGGCCGCUUGUGCCGCCUUAUGGACCUGCCAGCCCACCCAUUCAUGAUCGGUAUUGCCGGUGAAUAUUGGCCGAUACUUGCAUAAAAUCGGAAUAUCUGAACAGCCGACCAGAGCGGACGCGUUACAAGAGAGCUCCGCAACAACAAACUUGUAAAAGCACCUAAAAACGCUCUUUUUCGCAACAAAGAAACACCAACAGUAUGGGGGAAGAAGUCCAGACGCCAGGGACCUGUCAAACUAGCGGGAUCCCAGGAUAUUGGAGAUCUCCUGCUCCGGCCGUCCAGGGCCCAUGGCACCUUCGCGCCAAAAGAAAAUGGCGACUCACUCUCCGCCUCCUCCGAAGUACGGAUUAUGGACGUGCUGGACGAGAUCCCAGACGGAGGGGGAUUUCAUCACCCCUCCUCUGAUGAAGACAACGAGCUGCCGUCUACUAAGGGCGACAUCAAAACGCUUCUCCGCAAUAUCCAACAGCUAUUUGCGGCAGACGUUGCGAUUGUGUGCGAAGAAAUACAUACAGUGGAGGGACGUGUGAAAGCAGUAGAGGCAGACACACAGGGCCUCUCUUCCAGAUCCCUUGCUAUGGAGGCACUAACAGCAGAGCUCCAAAAAGCCCAAGCACAACUUACCACUAGAAUGGACACCAUGGAGAACAGGCACAGAAGCAGAAAUAUUAAAAUCAGGGGCAUUCUGGAGUCAAUCACUACGGAAGAGUUACCCUACUACACCAGGAGGCUGCUGAGCACUAUACUGAACCCCAAGCAGAACAAGCAAAUCAUGGUAGACGGGAUAUUCCGCAUACCAAAAGCAACUAAGGCCCCAGCAGACUCAUCAAGGGACGUUAUUGUUCAGUUCCAGACAAGAUCGGCGCAAAUACUAGUAAUGACAGCAGUGAGGGGAAAACUUACCUGCCCCUUCGAAAAUGCUCACCUCAUGUUCUUCGAAAAUGCUCACCUCAUGUCCAGACCAACGCUACUAUGGAGAAGCCAGUUCAAACCUCUGACCACGACUCUUCGUAACCACUCCAUACCAUACCGCUGGGGAUCUCCCAGGAGCCUAAUUAUACCACAAGGUGGGAAGAACUUACAACUUACCACCGCCGCAGAAUCGGAUGCAGCGCUCCAGGCCUUGGGAAUACCACAUCAGCUGGAACAAGAGGCGCAGGCUCCAGGGCGGAGAGCACCACAUAACUGGGACAUGGCUAAGAUUGUACCGUUCCAACCAUGUGGGACUCCCAGAAUGGGCCAGGUCACCUCAUCCCCACUGUUGACCUCCAAUAGCACUGGGAGGAAGGAGCAGCACCAGCAAGGCACCUGAGAUACCGACAGGAACUCACACAACCUUGUCCGACAGGAAUACUCCCCUUCGCCACAUCACACUUAACCGGGAACAGUAUUUAAGUUUUUCAGCAUGUAUGCAUAUCCUUAGUGGAAAGCACAAGAGGACUGUGAGUAAUUACAUGUCAUUAGUGCCCAGGGAAACUGAGGUACUAGCAAUUGUUGCGCUAAUCGGGCGCCUGUAUCCGCAGACUCAUACCAGUAUAUAAAAACGCUGGCCUGGCUUUUUUUAUUUUAUUUAUUAUUAUUUAUUAACCGUUUAAACUCCCUGGCUCAUAAAAUGUCAAUGUCACAAUGUUCGUUUGCUGCAGUUCGCAAAAGGUUAAUACUCUGUCAGAAACAUAUAUCCGGUCCUGACGUUUAGAAUUUAAUUUGCCUGCCUGUGAUAACGAAUACAUCCAUACAGUAGGUGAAUCUAUGAGUAUUUAAAUGGAAAGCUGACUCAAUCUAAAGUGCAAUGUUGUUGUGUCAGUGCAGAGGAGGGAACAACUCUAAACCAUUAUGGAGAGCGUAGCCCGUGGAUUGUCCCUAAACAUUGGUCUCCACCCUAUGCACAGAGACACACAAUAAUAAAGUAAUUAGGGUAACACAGGCUUGACAACACACACCAGAUCUAAGCCACGUUAAAACCUACGAACUAAUACUACAACCCCCUAAACGAAAACCUCUAAGGAUAGCAAAACACUAUAAGUCUCCCCCCCCUUCCUCUCCACAAAUCAUCUUUUUAGUUUUAAAUGCAAGCAGAUGUGUCGAUCUGAGAGGACCACGAACAAGAGAGCAACAGGGCAGAAGGGAGAAGGCAAACCACAGCCAUUACACUGCCCAUCACGCAUAACCUAGACACGCCACACAACCCACCCCCUCACCUCCUCCAAGCUCAGGGUUACAGAGCACCUCACCAAGCCUACAAUGAUAGCAACUGAAUCGGCUCCACUCCAGAAGCUUAGUAUAGCAUAUACUAGCCUGCCUAUUAAGUGUUACUUUUUUUUUUUUUGUGUGUGUUUCCUUAAAGAGGUUGUGCACUGUAUAUACAUGUCAAGCCUCACUACAACGAUACAUGCACUCAGAAAUAAAGAAUUUAUAAAGGGAAUGAGGGAAAAAAAAGGGAAGGUAUGCAUUUCAUAUUCCCUUGUUAAAUGAUUAAGAAUUUCCACUAAACUAAGGCUGGCAAUACAUAUAGCCCACAUCAUCCUUCGAACAGGCAAAAUCCAUGAUAACUGCCACAAAUGGCAUUACAAGACAAAGCGGUUCCCUUGUUUUAAUGUCCGCCAUUUUACUUUUAUUGUACCUCCUCGCUCUAGUUAAUACCUUAAAGGCAACUUGUUUCCAGUGGCCCUAAGCCUUGUCAGCGGUCAGUACAAACCAUAUAUAUGCAGAUAUAGGCCUAAAAAAUCUUCUAUGCUACCAUUUAUAUCUAUCAUACGCUAACUAACAGGUGCAGCAAGUUAUUACCACUAUUGUUUGAGUCUCCUAGAUUAACUUGGAUACCCUACAACCUGUAUUAUUUGCUACUGGUGGAACCGUGACAUGUAACUUAGCUCCAAGGCCACAAAACUGUUUAUACCAAUCUUGUUAUUGCUUGUGCGACCUGCCCUUAAACAUGUUUUAUAUCUUACACUAUGCAUAGUGACAUGAUCACUUCCUUUAUACUCGUAUCCUAAGAAUGUGCAAGUCUCAUCUGUUACCUACCUUUUCACACAGAAUGUUGAAGCUUGUUUGACCACAUAAUUUAAAAAAUUUGCAUGUUCCUUAUACGUCAUUUAAUGCAUUGUUUGUGUUUAUGGAAGCUUGCCCAUGCUAAUGUGACAUAUUAUAAGCUUGCCUGUAUUCUAUCAUAUAUGCACAACCAAAAUAAAAAAUCGGAAUAUCUGACGAUAAUGUCAAAACCGAUAAUUGGUCAAUCCCUAGUCAGUGUGUUUGUGUCUCUAUGUGGGUAUAUGUGUCAGUGACUGUUGCAGUGCUUAUGUCAAAAAAGUGUAUGUAAUCAGCAUUGCAUUAAAACACUUAAAUUGUAGAAUAACAUUACUUUCAAAAUACAGCCAGCAAACUCCACUCUUACAGGAGCGUCGCAUACAGCCAGGGAACACCACAUACACUGAUAAAGGGAGAGACUGGGGGGGGGCGUAGGGUGAGACGCUCAGGGCAAUUCACAAAAACAUUUUUCAAAAUAAUUCCAAACGACAAAACUGAAGCAAAUAUACCCUUGUUCUAACUAUAGCAAAUUAAGAGAAGAUUUCCAGAUAAGCUAUUUUUGCUUCCAUUAUUCCAUGAAGAUUUUUGUGAAAGAGUUUAGCAUAUAACCCAGGUAAUGUUCAGUACUCUAGGCAGUGUCUCAAUCUUUGUAAUUGGUAUUAUUUUGUGUCAGGACAAGUAGAGGGGGCUACCACCUUAGUCCCUUGGAGAAGUAGAUUUGUUUUAAUUCCACACCCAUGCAUACAAAAAUUUCUAUAUGAAUAUCUAUAAUCUUCUACGUGAUGUUUGAGAAAAAUGUAGUUAGUCAGUGUUUUCUGUUUUUAUUUCUCUGUAACGGUCAUCCAAACUUGACUGUUUCUAUUUAAAUGUAUAUGGAAAGUGCAGAAUGUAUACAACAAUGCAUAGCUCCUUUUUGUAAUGUAUGAUUGUGGGGUUUUUUUUUUUUUUUUUUCUUCCUAAAGUAACAAGAGAUUAAUCAGAGGAAGCAUGCCUGUAGCCAGACACCAGAAUCCCUUACCAAAGAACAAUGCAGCAGUUCCUGCAUGCACUCUUCCUCCACGAGGUCAUUUUAGACAUACGAGGUAAGUCUAUUGAGGUCUGUAGUUAUCUAGCGGGAAAGAGAACUCUAGGCUGGUUAUUAGGGGGAGGGCAGGGGGAGGUUUUUUUUUUUUUGUUUGUUUUGUUUUUUUUGUCAGUGGCUGCAGUAGUGUAGAAUUACCUGAAUUGUCUUUCAUUGUGUUCUUGAUUAGAUAAUGUUUUGUUUUUUUCCUUCUUCACAAAGUAACAAGAAAUUAAGUAGAGGAAGCAUGCCUGUAGCCAGACACCAGAAUCCCUUGCCAAAGAACAAUGCAGCGGUUCCUGCAUGCACUCUUCCUUCACGAGGUCAUUUUAGACAUAUGAGGUAAGUCUAUUGAGGUCUGUAGUUAUCUAGCGGGAAAGAGAACUCUAGGCUGGUUAUUAGGGGGAGGGCAGGGGGAGGUUUUUUUUUUUUUGUUUGUUUUGUUUUUUUUGUCAGUGGCUGCAGUAGUGUAGAAUUACCUGAAUUGUCUUUCAUUGUGUUCUUGAUUAGAUAAUGUAUUUGUUUUUUGUUUUCCUUCUUCCCAAAGUAACAAGAAAUCAAAUAGAGGAAGCAUGCCUGUAGCCAGACACCAGAAUCCCUUACCAAAGAACAAUGCAGCAGUUCCUGCAUGCACUCUUCCUCCACGAGGUCAUGUUAGACAUACCAGGUAAUUCUAUUGAGGUCUGUAGUUAUCUUGUGGGAAAGAGAACUCUAGGCUCGUUAUAAAGGGAAGGGUUUUGUAUGUGGGAUUUUUUUAUUUAUUUUUGUCAGUGGCUGCAGCAGAGUGUAGAAUUACCUGAAUUGUCUUUCAUUGUGUUCUUGAUUAGAUAAUGUAUCGUUUCUUUUUGUUUUGUUUUUUGUGCCAACUAUAUGGAACUCCCCAGAGUGACACCUGUACCUCCAUACCCACCGAUGCAGGCUAUGCAAACACCACAGUUUCCACAUGUGGUAGAUAAUCCUUACAUGCAAUCCAGGUAAACGAGAUUUGAUUAUAUUGUGCAGACAGGUCUUAUACGUGACACUGCAUUUGGCAUGACAGGUUCACAUUAAUGCAGUUAUAACGGCUCGUAAAGCAUGUUAAGUAGAAAUGUUGCCAAAUGUACAGAUUUUAAUUUGUCUAAUGUAUAGAUGAUAGUUAAUGCUCUUUCAUAUAAAUCUGCUAUGCUUACCGUGACCGAUUACACUUUACUCAAAAUCUAGCCUUAUGCCAUGCAGAUUAAGGCUUUUACACUGCAUUUAUUGCAUUUCUAAGAGUGGUGAGCCCCCCUUCCCAUAGUCUUAUGGUAUAAAGACGUUGGGUCUAACUCAAAUGAUGAUCUCCACCCUUCCAAUCAUUUUUUUUUUUUUUUAAAUCUUUAUAUUCUAAAAUAUGAUUCCUGUGAUACUAAAAAGUAUUUAAAAUCUUGGGCCAUAAGGGGGAUGGGGAGUAUCAGGCUAGCUGUGUUUUAUGUUUGGCUGUUUUGGCCUAAACUUUGAAAUGCACUUUACAUUCUUAGCAGUGCACAGUUUGCACUAAAACUAUGCACGAGAACAAAGAAAUAUGAUUUAUUUAUUUGGGGCCUGGAUCAUUUUUGGUGAAUAUAUACAUAAAACUUGCUUAUUAAAUUAUUUGAUUAUUUAGAAGCCAAUAUUAUUUGUUGCUGCUCACUUAUGUUCACAAAACUUGCUGUUCUCCAGCGUGUUAUGUCCCUCUAUAUAAAUAUUGAUGACCUAUGGAAAAGUUUUUAUUGUCUUUCUGGCCAUAGCUGGAGACUUCCACCAGCAGGAAAAAAAAAUUGGUCUUGCAUGAACUGGUAACUUCCCUUUGUUCUUUUGGCGCCUUUCACUAGGCUCUUGACUGUUUUAAUUUUAAAGGGACACUUCACAGCUCAGAUGCUUAAAGGAUUGCUAUAGGGUCAGGAACACAAACAUGUAUUCCUGACUCUAUAGUGUUAAAACCACCAUCUGGUCCCCUCAUGCCUCCAUAAAUAUAGCUAAAUGUUACCGUAUUCAAGCCUGAAGCGGUAGAUCUGCAUGCUGUUUGACUCAUGGAAAAAAAAAAAGCUGUCUGCUGACAUAAUCAGAAGUGGUAGCCUGAUCCAAUCACAAUGCUUCCCUAUAGGAUUGGCUGAGACUGACAAAUAGGCAGAUCAGGGGCAGAGCCAGCAUAAUUCAAACACAGCCCUGGACAAUUAGCAUCUCCUCAUAGAGAUGAUUUAAAUCAAUGAAUCUCUAUGAGGAAAGUUCAGUGUCUGCAUGCAGAGGGAGGAGAUACUGAAUGUUUGGAUGCAUUUUGUCCAUCUUAAAUGUGGUUCUAUUUAAGUUUCAUUCAGUGGAUCAGAUUCCGAGGCUUUCCUUCUCUUAAAUGGGAUGUGGAGUUUCUUUCCAGAUAGAGGGAGAGAGAAAGAUGAUAUAGGAAAUGAAUUGCUUGUAAUGUUUCUAAAAAAAAAAAACAAAAAAAAAAAACUGCAUUCUACAUAUAGUGAGUAAUGCUUCAGAAAAGUAUGACCUUUUCUGAAGCAUUACACAGAAUGGGCAUCGACCAGUGAUGGGCUGAGCAUUUCAGCUGAUGCUCUCAGCCUAUUGCCCAUGCAAACUCUUCCACAUGUGCAAGUCAAACUAGUUCUUGGUGGACUCCACUUUAAGUAUUUAAAGAGUUCAAAAGGGGUUUUACUGUAAUUCUAAGAAGGCAAUUGUGGACUCCUUGCACCAUAACCACUUCAUUGACAUGAAGUGGUGUUGGCUCCUGGAUUGGUCCUUUAACCUAUGUCUAGAAAGGAAAGUUAAAGUACCACUCCUGUCAUAAAAGUAAUUGGAUUGACAUGUAGUUUUACAGGGGGUUGUGUGAAGCUAAUAAAGGGUUAAAGGUCUUAGUUUUUCAACUUUAAGGACCAAACUUCUGGAAUAAAAGGGAAUCAUGACAUGUCACACGUCAUGUGUCCUCAAGGGGUUAAAGGGACACUAUAGUCACCAGAACUACAGCUUAUUGAAUUUGUUCUGGUGAGUAGAAUCACUACCUUCAGGCUUUUUGCUGUAAACACUGUCUUUUCAGAGAAAAUGCAGUGUUUACAUUACUGGCCACUCCUCAGAUAGCUGUUAGAGAUCCUUCCUGGGUCAUGGCUGUCUAAAAUGCAUCCAAGCAUUCAGUAUCUCCUCCCUCUGCAUGCAGACACUGAACUUUCCUCAUAGAGUUUCAUUGAUUCAAUUAAUCUCUAUGAGGAGAUGCUGAUUGGCCAGGACUGUGUUUGGAGGCAGAUUAGGGGGCAGAGCCAGCACAAUUCAGUCUAAGCCAAUCCUAUGGGGAAACAUUGUGAUUGGAUCAGGCCACCACUUCUGAUGAUGUCAGCAGACCGCUAUUCUGAGGCAAACGGCAUGCAGAACUACAGCUUCAGGCUUGAAUACACUUUUAACACUACAGGGUCAGGAAUAUGUUUGUUCCUUUAAUAUUAAUAUAGGGUUUUUUGUUUUUCUAUUUUCUUUUUCACACAGCCAGCUAUAGACUGUAUAAUCAUACGCCUUGUGUUAACAUCUACCUUCUUCUGCAUCUUGUUAUUGUAGAGGAGGUGGCAGACACAGUUACCCAUAUGGAAGACCUGGCUCACAUAAUUUUGGCAAAAGGAAACCUACCAGUACCGCCUCUGGGCCUGCUCAGAAUCAGUCGGGACGCGGACAUCCUUACAGACGGCACCCAGCACCUAACUGGCAUAGACCUGUAAAUUACUGAUCAUAACAGUUGACGUGUGAAGAAAUCGUUCCUCCUUUUAAUUAAAUGCAACUUACUUUUACUUACAAACUUAUUACACUUUUAGAAGAAGAAAAAAAUCCUGUGGAGAACUGACUGGAAAGACUUUAUAACUAAUGGGAGUUUGGCUUACAUGCUGUGUGCCAAACAGCCUAGCAAAUCCAGUUGCUGCACAUGUAAAGUUACAUCUCGGAGGACCUGUCCACAUAAGUGAGCUUAUUGCCCGCAUAUGAACAGUGACAUAAGAAAACAUUUUUGGGGGUUUUGUUUUUUUACCCCCCUUUACAUUUAGUUCAAAUUCAUGUUAAAUGCUGCAUAUAAAAGUUGGCGAUUUUUACUUGUCACCAAGUAAUGCCUUGUUAGUUCCUUCCUAUAUCAGCUAUUCACAGAUGAUUUUCUCUGGAACAUGGCACUGCCAAAGUAAGAGUCCACUCAAGUUGCAUUUGGGAUCAGAUUAAAGCAUACUAAAGGUUGUUGGUGUUUUAAUUGUAUUAUUUUAACUGUUAGAGUAAAAUCUAGGUCACUUUAAUGUCCUGUUAUCAUCUUAGCAAUGUGAUCUUAAAGCUCUUUUCCACCAUUUUAGUACGUUUUUAAAGUUUCAUGCAAGCUGAUAGUAGUGUUAAUUGGGGGGGAUUAAAGGGCCCUUUAAAGCACCUUAGUCAGUACAGCCUAUUGUAGUGGUUAUGGUGUUAGUAGGCUGCUGACAGCAUCCCUGGUUCUGUGUUAAUUAAUUUUAAGGGAUUUGACUCAGUUGCUCAGUCAACCAUAGAUCAGCCCUUCACUUACCAAAUUGCAACUGCUAAAGAAAUAUUAUGGCUGGAUGCUUUGGCUGACGUCAUCAGCUCACACAAUCCGCAAAAUGUUAAGCUUUAAAAUGUUUUGACACAGAACCAGGGACUGAUGGCAGUAGCCUGCGGGCACCAAAACCAAUAUAAUGGGCUGUAGUAUUAUGGUGCUUGGCCCUUAAAUUGUUUAAGUGACUGCUUUCAUAAGUACUUAGAAGGAAUGUUGCUUCUUGGAGGUGAGCAUAAUUUGCAGUCAAAUUUGACAUACUGAAAACCUGUAGGAAAAAAUAUUUAAUACCGGUAAAGAAAAAAGUACUUGUUUUGUAUUACUUUAAAAUAAAUAUAUUUAGUUUUUUAAUCCUAUCCUUUUUAUAUUCAGUGCCUUUCCAAACAAAAAGGUUUGUUUACUCAUACAGAAAAAAAAAUCGAACAAAAUUUACUUCUUGAUUGUUCUUUCCCACAUUAGUGAUUGCUGUUCUGCUUAUUGGAUUAUUUGCAACAAUUGUGUGACAGGAC